CCGGUGAAUUGCGCUCGCCGGAAUUGAGCGAAUUGUGCGUACAGUUUUAGUUGUCAGAAUCAAAAUUGAUUGAUUAUGCCGAAACAGACAAUGUGCGGUGUCUGCGUAUUAUUUCUUCGAAGAUAAGGUCGCUCUGCGGGUGUUUGAAUAUCUGAAAUUUUAUGUGAUAGGAAAACGCCCUGGUGAUCUGCAUGCAAAACUGUAUUGAAACUGGAAGGAUUAUCAACGUUCGAGAGUGAAGGUGUUGCAUCAAUGCCGCAAUGGGAAUAUUAGGGAGCAUUCGUCGCAUCGCGGAAAUUUUACUUUAUCGCUUCCAAGGAGACCGUGAGGUUAAUGAAUUUGUUGUAAACGGGAGCGAAACAAGGAAGAGAAGGCGAGGAGACACUUCGAAUUCUGUUGUCAGAAGCCCUUAUUCCAAUGAUACACGGAAAAGAAUGAGACGCGCCGAAGUCGUUGACUUGGUCGAAGGAAAUUCGGAUAGUGAUGAAGUCGAAGUAGUGAAUACACCAUCGUCUAACUCUUCGUCACCGGAAAUCUUGCCUAUCCCAUCCUCGGCUUCGAAUACUACCGGCUUGUCGAAGAAGAAGACGCCGAUGCUCAGUACUGAUCGGGAUAAUGACUGUGAAGUGGUCCAUAUUUUGAGAAACGGCGAAAUAUCGCCCGCUAUGCGAACCGGUGAUGGUGGCAAACGUUCGAGGGCCAUCGAUCCCUGUUUUCCGUUCUACUUGUUCCAGCCUUCACCACGGAAUUUUCAGCAUCCAGCGCAGAAAAAGUUCACGGAUUACCGAGAUUCAUUUGCAUCAAGACGUUCUGUGCAAAAUUUCAAGGGAGCGGAAAUCGUUGACUUGGAGCCGGAAUCAGUCGCGAAUACUCCCGAUGUGAUCUACAUGGAAAAAUCGCCAAGUAGAAAUCGUUCGAGAUCUUUGAGGGGUAAUAUCUUCCGUGAUGCAUUAUCUCCUUCAGCAAAAUCGAACGAUCGAUCAGGGGUGCUCUCAACCGGUGUAUCCGAAAAGAGAGUACCAUCCGAAGUAGAUAAUUGUAGGAGUCCUUUGGAACUGUCUCGUGCACGAUUUAGCUUACGAACCGACUCCCUGCCGAGGCGUUCAAAGCUUCCCGUUGCGUCUUCUACACCAGUGACCGGAUUUGCUUCGAAAAGUCGCGAAGCUACGUCUCGUGAACUGGAUAACAGUUUUAACGGUUACCACAAAAUGACGAGCACGAUCCCCGUUCAUCGGAGUGAACGUAGCAACGAUGGACUAUCGUACGCUGAAUAUUCGAAGCGAUUAAAUUUGAAAAUUCAGGAUGGUGCCAAGGAACGUGCCGAGAAGAUUCGUGCAGUCAAGGAACAAACACAUUUUCUUGAAAAGCAGAAUGCUGACGUUCAGCAUGCUUUACAUCUAUCAUUCAGAAUCAGGCAAAAACUUGUUAUCGUCGAAGAAGAAGAGACAGAGGAGGAGGGCAUUGACGUAGCUGAUCAGCUCGCUCCCUUGUCUCAAAAAGCUGAGGCUGCAAUUUCUGAAGCUUUCGGGUCCAGGUCCUCGAGCAACAUCCUGAGUGAGAAGUUCUCCAUUCAGAUCCGCUGGAAAGAUAUUAAUACGCUUGCCCCCGGCGCCUGGCUUAAUGAUGAAGUGAUCAAUUUUUACUUGAACAUGAUCGUUGAGCGAUCGGAAUCCGGCGGAGAUCGUUACCCUUCCGUGUUCGCGCAUCAAACGUUCUUCUACUCUACGUUGGCAUCUCGCGGAUAUCAGGCUGUGCGUCGGUGGACCCGGCGAGUUGACAUUUUUGAAAAAGAAAUCAUUCUGAUUCCUGUUCAUCUACAAAUCCACUGGACCAUCGCCGUCGUCGACAUGAAGUUAAAAGUUGUGUCUUUUCUGGACUCCAUGGGAUCGCAGAGAUGGGAUAUUGUUGAUACCAUCCUGGAUUAUCUGAAGCAAGAAAUGAAGGACAAGAAGAAUGAGAUCUUGGAUGUAUCUGAAUGGAAGAAGGAGAUUCCGAAGGUUCCUCAGCAAAUGAACGGUUCUGACUGCGGGAUGUUCGCUUGUAAAUUCGGAGACUACUUGUCAAGGAGAGCUAAAAUUACUUUGUCUCAGUCUGACAUGCCGUACUUCCGACGACGGAUGGUGUGGGAAAUCUUGAACAAGACCUUUUAUAAGGCUUGAAGCGGAUCCGCUAAAAAAGUUUGGAAAUAUUUUUAAAAAGGUUUUCUGGUUUACACGAUUUUUACGGAGUGAAGCCAAAUUUUUGAUUAGGUCCUUUGCCGAAAUUGUCAUCACCCGAGGAAUCUGAUCUUGGUGAACUUGCAUAAAGUUUCGUUUGAGUUGAUUUUCUUCCGACUGUAUUAUGUUGCCAGAAAUGGAAAAAUGGACGUCCACAGCUUC